AUGCUCACGGGCGUCGCACCAAGAGGACAGAUGGCCCGGGCGGAUGCGGAGACGGCUGGUCGGCGGAUGUCGGCGGUAGACGGUCGAUCGAAAGGCGGCAGCUGUGGUGAUGACGACCUGCUCUUGCAUGGUGCAGCCUGUGAUGCACAGUGUGGGCCUGGCUAUGGUCCAUCCGUGGAGCGGCUGGUGUGUCAGCAAGGCGUGCUCUUCCCCACCAGCUUCGAGUGUGAGCGAACCUGCACUGCGACGGUCGGUACAGCCGCUAUGUACCCCGCCAUCUCCCCGGAUUGGCCUAGCCCCGUGGAUGGCGCCGCUUGCAUGGAGGGCGCUACCGUGGCCAGCCGCAAGAGCUGCACCGCACUCUGUGGAGAAGGCUACUUGCCCAGCCUCUCUCAGCUUCAAUGCUUUGAUGGUUCCUUUACACCCAGCAGCUUCCAGCAACGUUGUCCGGCCUUGUUUUCUCGCGAGCGUGCCCUUCGCGCCAGUUUCAGCCUGCCUCAUAACUCCAGCUGCACUUCACGGUGCUUGGAGGGUUAUGUGCCCAGCUAUCUGUCUUUGGAGUGCUGGGAUGGCAUUUUGCAGCUUGGCAUGGCCAAGACACCGUUGAGCUUCAGUUGUCUCAAGAUUUGCGAGGCUCCUGUUGUUGAGAAGAGCCCGCUCAGCUGUGGAGAGGGCGUCCAGCUUUUUCCACCCAGCUUCACCUGUGGCCGGGACUGCGGUGAGCAUGGGCAGACCUGUAGCAUUCGAUGUCCAGCCCGAAGUCACAGUGAGGGCGAGGUCACUUGCGUGGACGGGGAGCUUUGGUACAGCGGCGCCGUGGCCUGUCGAUGCUUGGAGACAGAUGAUGCACGCUUGGCGCGAUGUUUGAGGUACUGUAGCUAUCCCAAGAGGCACUGCGAGCAGAUUUGGUCGAAUGGUUCGGUGACCGUGAAUGGGACGUCGCCUCGGCGACCCUUCGACGGCGUCACCCGCCACGGCCUGCGCUGCCGGCCACGCUGUGCGACGGAGCUGCGCACGGCGGUGCCGGCGCAGCUGCGGUGCCAAGACGGGCACCUGGUGGAUCCAGGCUACUUCCAAGGCUUUGUCAGCACCACGAUCACCACCUCCACACGAACCUUCAUCUCGCGGACCACUACGCCACACGGCGAAGGCUUUGGUGUGCAAGUCAACCACGGGAAGGAGCACCGAGGAAGCUCCGCACUGCCACAGGUGGAGAAUUGGACGCAUUCAAAUGCCUCAGAACUCGAGAACUGGUCCAACGACACAGGGAUCAGCUUUACCGUGAGCACCACAUUCUUUGCGAGUACUGUGAUCACAGACGCCUCCAGCAUCGCAGAGGAGGAGCAGAAUACCACUAUCUCCACCACAAGCGCCAUCCUGACAGGUACAUCCACAUCCACACGAACCACCGUUACAGACACUGCACCAUGGACCACCACCAGCACCAAAACCAUCACGACCGUGACCUUGACCAACGUGGAGGGGCCGCCCAGCUUCUUCUGCACACGAGUGCCGGAGCUCCGCUUGGACUCCGCAGGACUGUUCUACACCGCUGGUGUACCAGCAGGUGCUCGUAGCCUGGCCGUGAGCCUCCACGGUGGCAACGAGGGACUCGCCGUGGUGUUCACCUCAUCGGGAGCCUUGCUGGUGACGGUUGGCCACCAGCGAGCAGGUGUAUGGUCUUGGGGCGACGCGGCCACUGUGCAUGACGCAUCCAACCAGGACUUCUUGGCGAGUUUGGGCUCGGGCCAUCCCAAGGAGUCCUUUGUGGUGGCCUUUCGAGGGACCAGCGGCAGGCCUUCCUUGCGUUCGCUGCUGUUGUCGCCCUUGGGCUUGGCACCUGAGCCAGCCAGCUGUACCACUGAGCUGAACACGGCUUUUGUCACUGAACUUCAGCUGGUGGAAGCAACUGGUGGCCUGUGGCUUCUCUACACCACCAGCGAAGGAGCUUCGGUGCACUUUGUGCACAUCCGCAAUGCUAUCGAGCUGCAGGUGGAGACUGGUGCACUGGUUGCCACGGAUGUGCGCCGCGUGGUGGGAGUCGGCUUGGAAGAAGUGGACAUGGCCCCAAUCCUGGCCCUGGUUUACGAGCGUGGAAGCUCUCAACCCAAUGCCAUGGUGCAAGUGGUUCAGCGCCAGGUUGGUGAAGCGCCCCGUCCUGGCAGAGCUAUGGUCUUGAAUGAAGGCCCUUUGCUUUUCCCCAGCCUGGCCACACUACGUGGUCGGCGCUUGGUCGUCAGUUUUGCAGAUAGUUUCUUUCAGUCCACAGCCCUUCGUCUCGGCAGGAAGCUAGCUGGGUGUGGCAAGAAACUCGACCCAGCAAAGACCACACAGGAGUCCUUCUUGUUUGAUGCCAUUCCAGCAGCAUUGGAUAGCUUCGGCCCUGAUGGGCCAAUUCUGCUAGCUGCAGCCAGCAAAGCGCGCUUCAUUUACACUUGGGAGAGGCACAUGGCCAACGGCUUUGACAUUUCUUUGCCUGGAGACUCUCGUUCUGGGAUCUUGCCGUCCAUGACGAGGUUGCAAGAAGACGAGGUUGCACUUCUCUUGCCAUCCACUGGUGAUCCAAGUGCUGUUUCCAAGCUGGUCUUGCAAUGGCCAUGCCUUUUGCCUGAGGACACGACGGGCUACCGCACUGCCGGGUGCGAGGCCGCAACCACGCCCAUCCUGGAACAGGACUGCAUCGUGAGCUGUGAUGUUGGCUUUGUGGUUGCAGGCGCUGCGGGCGCCGGAGCCGUGUGCCCGCGGCCUCCUGCGCCGCCAGUCUUUCAGCUCCAAGGCUGUGCAGCCUUGCCCUGCGCGGCGCCCAUGGGCAUACACAACGCUGGCAGUCCCAGCUGCAACGGUGGCGCCUUUGUGCAGAACGGUGGCAUUUGCCAGAGCGCCUGUAUGCCAGGCUACCACCCUUCGGUGGCUGAAUUGCACUGCGAGGUGGGGCGAUUUCAACCGCCUGAGUUCCAGUGCUUGGCCGAAUGCUGUGACUCCAGCGCCAAUGAGACCUGCGUCGCAACAGAUCCAAUGGACAUGCCAUGCGCUGCACCGUUGGGUGUUGGCUUAUCACAGGAUCCCAGCUGCCGUGAGGGCUACCAGAUCGCUCCAGGGAGUCUUUGUCGCAGCCUGUGUCAAGAAGGCUAUUCCCCCAGCGUCUCGGAGCUCUCCUGCGACGUGAAUGGCUCAGGUCAUCUUCUACCUUCGACCUUUCAGUGCUUGCGGGCUCGUGGGAACAGCUCCCAGGGUGGGACGGACAAGGUGUGGUCCUCGGAGAUCUUCCUGCUGAAUGCCAGCCUUGGUCUCGAGAUCUUCCCCGAAACCUUGGAGACGCCUGCCGCCGUUUUGGUGGAGCUCCCAGGUGCCCGCAGUUCGCUGAAUGUUGAGCUGAUGUCUGGCGGACUCAAUACAGGCUUACGCCACGCCGUGGCUGCCGCCUGCCGCGCAGACGUGGAGCAGGUUGCUGUUUUGAUUCCCGGCUCCAACAUCACUGGUCGCCGAUUGUUAGAGGCCUUUGUGUCCAAUGUGACUAUUCUUGGUCUCUUCAUGGGCGAGAAGAAUGCUACUGAGGCACUGCUGCAGUUGGAGGAGCUCACGGCUGGCGGCUCCGCCGCGCAGCUCUUCGAGGCGGAGAUGCGCCAAGCAUUGAGACCACUCUUGGCUGAGUUUAGUGCCAUCUCAGCGGCCCUGCAGGAGGAUUUCGCCAUUGGCUGGAUCUCUGCCAUGCGGCCUGGGGACAUGGGAUUGGCUGUUCUCCCCUCGGCUAACGCUGGGAGAAAUUUGCCAGCGGAGCUCCAGCCAUUUUUACGGCAGGCCUUUGAGCUGCACCAGGACAACGAUGCCGGUGCUUCAGAGGGGCCACCAGGCUUUCCAUACAGCGAUGGCUUCUUGGACUUUUUGCCCUUGGGCGUUCUGCAAGACCUGCGACUCCUGCUGGCUGCCAGGCUUGAAAGUGGCUUGGCGACCGACUUGACGGUCUUGGCUCUGGCUCUACUGACCUUGGGGCUUGUCAAUACCAUCAUUGCCUUCAUCCACUUUCGCUGCUGGGUGCAGCGAUACUCAGCCCUGGAAGAAGGCAGCUGGGAUGAGAUGAGCCUCCAUUCGGUGGACAUGAUCCCUGCGACGCACCGCCACGCAUGGCGGGUGUCGCCCUUCAGAGUCUCCAGUGUUGGCACCCUGUGCUGCCUUUGUUGCUGUCCCUGUUUGCGAGUGCCCAUGACCUGGUCUCGCAGUGGUGCGCUUUCCUAUCAUCUUGGAUUCCUCAGCUGUUGCAUCUUUGGACCGGUUUGCUGGUCAUGCCUGGGCUGCCAGAUGCGCUCGCGCAUGGCAGUCGUCUUUGGGAUCCCCAACUCCAUGGUGUCGCGCUUCUGGAGCUUCGGGACCUGGUUGUGUUGCUGCUGCUGUGCUGCAGCACAGGAGGCGUUGCAUGUGGAUGGUGCCAUGCGUGCAUUGGCAGCAAAGGCCAGGGCCCAGGCACAAGGAUCCCAGCUCCAGCCUCCGGUUCAAGAGCAGAUGGAUGUCGUUGAUGUGGAGGAGCCACCAAUGGCUGCUGGACGGCUGCAGAAGCUUGCGCGACGGGCGAGCCAUGUUGCGAAACUCAGGAGCCCGGCUGACGCGAGUGACGCGCGCAGCCACAUCGCACCGAAGCCCCCAGAGUCCCACCAUGAUGCCUCCAACUACCACGGCGACGACAAGAAUGGCGACCACGACAAGAACGGCGAGGAAAGCUCCGGAACCAGUUCAAGUUCCAAGUCCAGUUCAGGCGUUGGGAGCUCCAAGAGCUCCAAGAGCAGCUCAGCGAGCUCCGCAGGUACCAGCAGCGGCAAUGGUCCAGACGCCAACCGAAUGUGA